UAAAUAACAAGUGAGAAAACGAGAUUAUGUGGGUGCAUCGGAGAGCAGCACCCCUUUGUGCGUGUCAUGCAUCGGUCAUUACAAGGAGUCAAAGCGCGGAGUCUGAGGCAAUACACACCGGCCUGAUUGGAUGACAGAGAAGCAAGUGAUGAUGUCUGCCCCGUGUAUGUCCUCUCACAAUUUCAUUCCUUGAGACGCAUCGUUUCAAUAAAGGACGAGUGUUAUUCCGCACAGUUUCCUUACUGCAGGUACUCCUCUCUGCCCCACAGACAUUUGGUGAUAAUGAAGAAAUAAACACUGUGAUCAGUCACCCCCUACAAACUGUCUUAAACCCAACGGGCCCCUGAAAUCAAUUAUACCAAACUUGAGGCUUUGCACAGUCUGAGUUUAAAAGGUGACUUUUCACAGACUCCGGCCCCUCCAACCUGCCAACCAAAAAGACAUUCGACCCUUCGCCCUUGUUUGCUUUGUCAAAUGCCAAAAAACAGCAAGGCCGUCAAGAGAGAGCUUGACGACGAUGUCACAGAGUCUGUCAAAGACCUGCUUUCCAAUGAGGAUGCCUGCGAUGAUUCCUUCAAGAAGAGCUCGCUGAUCGUCAGUAGCCCUGAAGGGGAAGGGAAGUUGGAGGAAGGUGGCUCGGACAGCGAGGAGGAGGAGCGCCCAGCCUGGAACAGCAAGCUCCAGUACAUCCUGGCCCAGGUUGGCUUCUCUGUAGGUCUGGGCAACGUCUGGAGGUUCCCCUACCUGUGUCAGAAGAAUGGAGGGGGAGCGUACCUGGUGCCCUAUCUGAUUCUGCUGAUAUUGAUUGGCAUCCCGCUGUUCUUCUUGGAGCUCGCCGUAGGACAGCGGAUCCGCAGGGGCAGCAUCGGGGUGUGGAACUACAUCAGCCCUCGGCUGGGGGGCAUUGGCUUCGCUAGCUGUGUGGUGUGUUUCUUUGUGGCGCUCUACUACAAUGUCAUCAUUGGUUGGAGUCUCUUCUACUUCUCCCAGUCCUUCCAGCAACCUCUGCCAUGGCAUGAGUGUCCACUCAUCAAAAACAAGACCAGCACAUAUGUGGUGCCGGAGUGUGAGAAGAGCUCGGCCACCACCUACUACUGGUACCGUGAGGCCCUGGAUAUCACUGACAGCAUCUCUGAGAGCGGAGGACUCAACUGGAAAAUGACGGUGUGCCUGCUGGCUGCCUGGGCCAUUGUUUGCCUUGCCAUGAUCAAGGGAAUCCAGUCUUCUGGGAAGGUGAUGUAUUUCAGCUCCCUGUUUCCAUACCUUGUGCUGAUUUGCUUCCUGGUUCGGUCUCUGCUCCUGAGGGGCUCUGUAGAUGGGAUUCGACACAUGUUCACACCCAAGCUAGAGAUCAUGUUGGAGGCCAAGGUGUGGCGAGAGGCAGCCACGCAGGUUUUCUUCGCGCUGGGCCUCGGCUUUGGUGGCGUCAUCGCCUUCUCCAGCUACAACAAGCGGGACAACAACUGUCAUUUUGAUGCGGUCUUGGUGUCUUUUAUCAAUUUCUUCACCUCCGUGCUGGCCACCCUGGUGGUGUUUGCUGUGCUGGGCUUCAAAGCCAACAUCAUGAACAGCAAAUGCAUUGCACUGAACACCAAUAAGAUUGCUGCAUUGCUGGGGAAUGGCAUUGAAGCGAGCCUGAUCCCCCACCACAUUAACCUUACUCAGGUUAGUCAGAUCAGUGCUGAGGACUACCAUCAGAUGAUAGGAGUGAUCAAAGGGGUGAAGGAGGAUGAUUUCCAGACACUGGGACUGCAAUCCUGCAGCAUUGAGGAUGAGCUCAACAAGGCAGUCCAAGGCACAGGCUUGGCCUUCAUUGCCUUCACUGAGGCGAUGACCCACUUCCCAGCCUCACCCUUCUGGUCCGUCAUGUUCUUCCUCAUGCUGGUUAACCUCGGCCUCGGCAGCAUGUUCGGCACCAUCGAGGGGAUCCUCACUCCGCUGAUAGAUACUUUCAAAGUCCGAAAGGAAUUUCUUACAGUGGGAUGCUGUGUACUGGCCUUCUCCAUCGGUCUCCUGUUUGUUCAGCGAUCAGGGAACUACUUCGUGGCCAUGUUUGACGACUACUCGGCUACCUUGCCUCUGCUCAUUGUGGUCAUACUGGAGAACGUGGCGAUUGCAUGGUUCUACGGGAUUGAUAAGUUCUUUGAAGACCUGAAGGACAUGCUAGGCUUUACACCGUACCGCUUCUACUACUACAUGUGGAAGUACAUUACCCCCAUCCUGCUACUGGUCCUCAUGUGCUCCAGCUUCAUCCAGCUGAUCAUGACGCCGCCCAGUUACAGCGCCUGGAUAGAGGAAGAAGCAAAAGAGCAGACCUUGCCUUUCCCUCUGUGGGCCAUCGUGGUCUGCAUCUCCCUGGUGGUGGUGGCCAUCAUGCCUGUGCCAGUUGUCUUUGGCCUGCGCUACUUCAACAUCAUUGAUGAGAACACCAGUGGUCUUUCCACUGUUUCUUAUAAGAAGGGCCGCAUCAUUAAGGAGACCGCACGGCCAGGGGAGGACGAUGACACCAGCCUGAUCCAAGGCAAGUCUCCCAGCGAAGCGCCCUCACCAAUGCCUGGGAACAGCAUCUACCGCAAGCAGAGUGGCAGUGGCCCAGAUGCAGACACGGCACCCAAUGGCCGUUAUGGUAUUGGUUACUUGAUGGCCGACAUGCCGGAUAUGCCCAAGUCGGACUUAUAGAUUGACUAAUAGUAAGCUCGGCCCAGCUGCCGCGGCUGGCCACUCUGCCCCUUCAACCCUCUGUGUGCGUCUAGUCGGCUGUAUCAUCGAUGUAUACUUCACUUGUACUGUAUAUUUUUGGUAGAGAUCAUAGCUGCUCUCUAUUUGUCGUCACUGAACCUUAUAUGACUGUUUACCUUAAAAAAGGUGUGGGAAUAAAUGUCAUUCUUGUCUGACUCAUCCCCCAUUUACUUGAAGGCGUCCCAAAUUCAUAUCUGUACCUCCUGCUCCCUUCAGCCUUUGCCCCCUCCUCCUUGCAGAUCCCAGGAGAGAACAGGUGUAAGCAAUAAGGUGGACGCUCCACCAGGCCUACUUGAACAAGGAUCUGCAAAGAGGAGUCUACAAAGCAGCAGGUCAGGGGUCAAGAGGUCAUCCUGGGACUGUGCCUGUGGGCAUUGCAAAUCAGCUCCUGCUAUUAAAAAUGGCUGUGUACAUUAUGAUCCCUAACUGCUGGCCGAUAAGAUUACUGACAUUGUAAUUGCUCUGGCUGCUGAAACGAUGCAACAGUGAACAGGUUUUUCUUGGAGAAAGUUUAGGUCAACCUAGCUGAAACAGUGAGAAGACGGCCAAAACCACUCCCAUGAUUGUUUGAGACUAAAGUGUGCCUAACUAAUUUAUAUUUGUUUAUAGAAUACAUGGUGGACACUGUAUAUUUAAGGUAUUCUGUAAAUAUAAUAUAAAUAUUAUAAAUAUAUUUAUCUUGAUAGUUUGGAUAUCAGAACAGUGUUUUUAAGGUUCAGACGUACUGCUAACCCUUAACUCAUCUAUUUGUUUUUUACUAAUGUGCUGUUUGUGUUGGCGAGGACCGAGUUCUCCUUGUAAAUAAUUUUUCCAUGAAAUGGCUUCAAUGCAAUGUCUUUUUUCCCCACAUCAAGAUUAAAGAUCAAAUACGGUCAAUGCCCCUGAA